AGACAGAACGCGACAGCUAAUGUUGGCUAAACUUUAUGUUUUGUCACUUAAACUUAAUUUAACCUUUGUUGUUAAGAGAUGGCGGUUGGCUACUUAUGAAGAAAAAGUUUGGACAUUAGCUUGAAGAAAAUUUGUACUUUGAAAGAGCGGCAGGUUUAGCCGAAGUGAACAUUAGCGUGAUUAUUUAAGUUUUGGUAGCUAGCUUAGCUAAGCCGCUGUUUAAAAAAAGAUAGCAUUUUGUCAGCACAAAAUAACGCGACAUCUGAAAGUGGUGAAUAGGACAUGAUAUUAAAUUAGCCAUACUGUGACUUGGGUGAUCUUUGGUCUUUGUUAAUGGCUUUGAGACCACUGAGUAAUUUAAAGAGUGAAAUGGAUAAGAGAGGGUCUUGCUCCAACAGCCGCAACACCAUAAAGACAGACCUCAGCUUGCUGCUGGAGUGUCUUAAGUUUCAGAGGAAAUGUCCGGAUUUACAGAAACAAGCUCUUCUCACCAUUCACUCUAUUUGUGAAAACAGAGAGGAUAACGUGGACCUCCUGAGAGAAAUGGGAGGUGUGGCAUUUGUGUAUAACCUCUCCAAAUCCAGCAUUGUUCAUUCAGAUGUUAAGGAGACUGCCCUCUUUACUCUUGGAACGCUGGCAGAGGCCAAUGUGUAUUGCAAGAAUUCCCUAUGCAGAAAGGAGACAUUUGCAGAUCUGGCUUGCUGGUUGAUGAAAGAAAACAUCCCUCUGACACAGAAGAGAGUAUCUGUCUAUCUGCUGUCUGUGUUGGUGGCCAACAACAAAUCAGGACAGACCUUAGUCCAAACCACUGGCUGUCUGGAUAUUCUUCUGGAUCUUUUCAGGACCACUUUUCCCCGCUCCACAGACGAAACUUCAGUUGUAGCUAAUGCUACUUACGCCUACCAGCUCUGGGCAUCUGUGUCAAGUGCCCUCUGUGGAUGUGUCAACAAUCCUCAGAAUGAGGAGGGUCAGCGUAUUUGUGUGGCAGCCUUUCCCAUAGUAAAAAUCUGGCUUCAGCGGUUAUCUCUGCCACGCACAGAGAUUUUUCAGUCAAUAUGUUCCUUCAUAGCAAUGACAGUUGCCAACAACUCCUAUGUUCAGGAGAGUUUUUCUGCCUCGGGUGGUUUGGAAACUCUCACUCUCUCGCUGGUUCGUCUAGCUUCUGUGGCAGAUACAAGCUUGUUGUCUUGUCAACUUUCUGUCAUUAUAUCCAAGACCCUGUCAGCGUGUAUUAAUGAUAACUCUGCUCUGGCUUCAGGUCUGGCUCAGUAUGGCAUAGUGUCCCAUCUCAUCUCCCUGCUGGCUAGCCCAAACCUGGACCCUGGAGACAGGCUCCCAGUUUUACUUACCCUGGGCCACUGCACUGAGGCCUCCAAGGAGCACCAGUCCCAGUUGGUGCAGUGUGGAGGCCUGCCCCUUAUCAUAACUUUACUCACAGAGGACAUAAGCGAGGAGGUUAGGAAGGCUGCUACGUUCAUUUUGCAGUCCUGCAAACAGGCCACCAUGUCCUUGGCAGUGCCUGGUCUGAUAGCGAGACAUGAGAAGGAUGAAAACACGGAGCCCCUUACAGACAUGGACAGCUUCAGGAGCUCAGCCAGGGAGUUGCUGCGCAGGAUUGACCUGCUAGAGAAGAAACAGGCAGAGGAGGCUGAGGAUAAGCAGGAAGACAAAGGCCCACAAACUUCAACCAAAGGGCUUGUUUUACCCUCUCUGUCUCCUGCAUUACCUCUACCUCUGUGCCAUAAAUCCACAGCAUAUAAAUACAGCAACACUCACAAGCAUACAGAAGCAAGGGUUAACAACAGUGUUAAACCCCAAACUGUUAGAAACAUGAUCAUGAAGGAGAAUGACAGUGAACUGAAGAAUAUGAGCUCCAGUUUCAGUACUCAGGAGGAGAGGGCUAAAACCAGCGGAAGGGAUGAGUGGUGUUCAGUGUGCAAGGGUACUGGAGUCUUAAUCUCUUCUUAUGCACAGUCACUAGAGGGAGGCACAGAGCUACAAACAGCACACAGUCAGCUGUUUAAGCCCCCCGCACCAGUGAGGCACAGUGUACCAAAAAAAAAAAAAUGUCCUGAUGAAGAAGAGUUACAAGACUGGGAGAUGGAUAAGGAGGGGGAAACCACAGCAGAGGAACGCUCACUCUCUCGGUGUGCAGGCUGUGUGUUGCCUUUUGAGAAAGUGACCAGUCGCACCUUUGCAUCUCUUCAAAGCUCAUGCCGUCACAGCUGUGACAUGCACAAAUCUCUCCAAGCAGCCACAGAGCAAUUCAGGACUCGUCACUGCAGCCUUAUGUUCAGGACAGAGAGCCAGGACAACACUGUGGAACUGGUAGACCAGAGCUCCGAGAGAGCGUCAGCAGCAGAGCCACAAAGAAACCGAGAAUACUGGCGCGAGGUCUCCCUGACUCCCCUACGUAAAGGAGCUCUGAAAGGCAAGAGCUCGCUGCCAGAACAGCACUGGAGGAAGCACAAUGGCAUCGCUUUGACUCCACUGCGCAGAGGCACUAAAAAGGAGACAGUCACCUCUUAUAACAAGACCGAUGCAGAGAGAAGACGGGGGGAUAAUGGCAAACAUCGUGUUCUUGAUGAUGAGCCGAAGACUAGCACAGAUCACUGCUCCACUAGAAGGAAGAGGAAGGAUUUCAGCCUUGAGGAGGUGCACUACCUACUGAGCGGAGUAAAGAGAUUUGGCUUCUCUUGGAACUCCAUCUUGUGGUCAUAUCCCUUCCAACCUGGGCGCACCAACGUUGACCUCGCCAAGAAAUACAGGCGGCUGACGAAAGGUAAAACCCAAGUUGCUGACUGUGCAUUGUCAAAGUCCUGAGAUCCUGGGGCAGAGCAAUAAUAAUGGCCCUCUGGAAAUCAACAGCUUUGAAUGAUCUAAAAGGCAUUAAUUCAUUCUUUCCAUCUUAAAACACUGUUUUGAUUGUAAAAGUAUCCAAAGCUUUACAUAUUCCAUGUACUUCAAAUAUAUUAGUACUCAUUUGAUUUUUAGUACUUAGUAUAUGGUUUGCACUCUUAAUAAUUAACAAAUACUUCUAAUUGUUUAAUAUAUGUUAUAUAUUAAAACAGUUG